AUGGGUUGCAAGCCCGUGGAAUACUCUGGAUUCUUUUCGCUGUACCCGCCCGACUCUUCUUCUUAUCGAAAUCUUAGCGGCAGCUUUGAUAUUCGAUACGCCGACAACAGAUAUGCCAUCGGAAAUUGGGGUCGCGAUAAAUUUGGAAUCGGGCAACUAACAAUAGGUGAUGUCAAUUUCGGGGUCGGACGAUCCUAUAACAGAAAUCCAGCCUUAGGCUUGGGCCCCAGCAAUUCCAGUACCGAAUACCCUACGUUCCUCGAAGUAAUGCAAAAAAAUGAUAUCAUCAACACACCUUCAUACGGAAUAUAUAUUGAUGAUAUCCGUGGAGGAGAGGAUUCCGGGAAAUCAAUCACAUUUGGAGGGAUUGAUGUUGCGAAAUUUACUCUUCCAUUAAAGACCCUUAGUACCCCGUCAAACUAUUCACUCAGUUUGCUAGGUAUUGAUAUAGUCUCUGAGAGGAAGGUAGUUUCCAAGCCACUGGAACUACCGGGGAGUUCACCCCGCGUUUCUAUUUUGGGGCUCGGUGCUGCUUCAAUCCACCUCCCGAGCGACGUAUUUGACCUUGUGAUGACUGAUCUUGGCGCUGAAGGACCUGAUUAUUUAAUCGACACUCUUCCUCCUGACGGAUCUGGACUGAGUUUUACGUUUGCCGACGGCCUCUCCAUAUUUGUGCCGUAUAGCCAGAUGGCCGCGCCAAUCUUGAGUAAUCAUUAUUUAGUAUUGCUUGUGCCGAAUGAUGGGGAUAUCAUUUUGGGCACCCCGUUUUUCAGGAGCGCUUAUGUUUUCUUUGAUUUUCAAAAUGAAGAGAUUUCCAUUGCCCCUGCACUAUACAAUAUCACCGCAUCCAACAUCAUCGAAGUAGGCGCCAACAAUGCCUCUAUAUCAGAUAUCAAAUGGCUAUAUGAAGAUGGGACCCAUGAACCAACUCCACUGCCAACAAUUUCACCAAGACCGAUUCCGACCCCCGGAGCUAGCUCAGAUACCGCCGUAAUUGUGGUUGGAGUAGUCGCCGGAGUUGCGAUAGUUUCGAUAGCUGUAGCCGUUUCCCUUUAUCUGUUAUGUUAUCGCUCAAGAAAUCCAAGAAUUAUCACUGUUGUGCCUCAGAUGCAAGAAGGAAAUGGGAUGACUCCAGUACACUCUCUAGCGCCCUACAAUAGCCAAGGCGUCAAUGGACAGCUUUCGCCAACGCAACCUAUUUAUUCGUCAUCAGUUACUUCAACGGUGCCAGCGACGAGUACCAAUCCUUGGACUCGUCCUGGGAACGUUACGGCGCUUAAUCCGCGUACAAAUGCACACCAAAUUUGA